GACAUGUACUUAGUGCGCGCGCGUACGAACGUACCGUAAAUGCGAACGUAUACAAACGGUAUGUGUAAAUAACGUCGUACGUUAUAUUUCGCGUGUGGUUAUUAUAUCCUGAUACAGAUCUGUACCUUACUACUGAAAGAAUCAACUUAUAAUUUAAAACUGUUCCACAGAUUCUGAAAGAUUCUUCGCCAUGUCUGAUUUGAUAGCAGCCACGACGGAUCGGGUUACCCUUGUCGAAUUGGCCAGGCUACUUGAGCAAGCUGAGAGGUAUGAUGAUAUGGUGCGAGCAAUGAAGAAAGUGACGGAGAUGGGCGAUCAUUUAGCGUCGGACGAACGAAACCUGCUUUCCGUUGCAUACAAGAAUGUUGUCGGAGCGAGACGCUCGUCAUGGAGGAUUGUGAGUAGUCUGGAGCAGAAGUCGGAGGAAGAGUUUAAAGGCAGGGCCGCGGAAUACAGGGAGAAGAUAGAGAAGGAGCUUCAUGCUAUCUGCGAUCAGGUUUUGGAAUUGCUGGACAAGUUUCUCAUACCCAAUUCUAUAAGCACUGAGGAUACUCCGAUACUCGAGGCUAAUGUUUUCUACCUGAAGAUGAAGGGAGAUUACUUCCGCUACUUAGUGGAAGUGAAGUCUGAGAAUGAUGGAAGAGACGAUUGUGCCGGUAAAUCUGAAGAGGCGUACCUGGCAGCAAUGAAGGCAAGCCAGCAGCUUGCUAAAACACAUCCCAUUCAUCUCGGUCUAGCACUCAACUUCUCAGUUUUCUACUAUGAAAUCCGUAACGAGCCCAAGAAAGCCUGUACAGUUGCUAAGGAGGCAUUUGACAACGCUAUAGCUGAGCUGGAUCAACUCAAGGAGGAUUCAUACAAAGACAGUACACUAAUCAUGCAGCUCCUUAGGGACAACUUAACUCUGUGGACGUCGGAACAGCCAUCAGAUGAAAUUACAGAAUAAAAUCAUCUGAUUCUCUUCAGUUCAACCCUGAACUUAUUCAUGUUUCUGCUGGAUAAGUAGAUAGACAGUGGUUUAAUUAUCUCUUUUUUUUUUUUUUUUGUAAUACUGAAUAUUAAUUGGAAGUGUUUAUAUAGUAGUGACUUAGAUUUCAAAUAAAGAUAUUGACUCUCGACUCUCGUAUGCUAGUCACACCAACUCUCGACUCUCAUAUCCUAGUCACUCCAACCAGACAGAAACCAAACCGACAGGUAGGCUGAAUUAAGUUACCCCGGCCAUUGGCCAGGAAUGGGUGUGUUCUGAAUCCGUGGCCCUGUUUCAUCAAACUUGAUAUCAAUAACGAGUUACAAGCUACUGUUAUAAGCUACUGUAACCGUGGCAUCUGAUUGGCUGAGACCAAAUUUGUCAUGGAAGUUUAGCAGUUGAUAUAGAUAACAAGUUUUAUGAAACGGGCCCUGCAGAUUGGUGGUUUGACUCGGAUGGGGUCAAAAGUUUAGGAUUUACAAAUGCUAGCGAACUCCUCACUGUGGUUUGAAUUAAUGAGUGUAUGUGCCAGGCUAGAAUGGCAACUGAAAUGAAGGAUUUGUGUCUGCAUUCUAUGAAAACACUGUAAAAUCACAUCUAUCAGAUACACUGUACUGUAAAAACAAGAUUCAUGAAGAAAAAACAUUAUUUGACUUUGAAUGUAAUAUUAGGUGGACUUAAAGAUCGUGUUUCUACAAAUGGAUUUUAUUUCUGGGAAUUUCCCAUUUCGUUUAGAAUUGUAGGCCUAGGUGUCUACCUAAUAUUUACAUAAGUUGUAGUUAAUGAUUCACUCAAAUAGACAUUCAAAGGGCCAUCAAACCCUUAUAAUGAGUAUGUUUGUAUAAAGGCAGAAAAAUAAGAGAAACAGAAUGGAAAAGUUUGAAAUAAAUCGGACCAAUAAAAAGAAAGUUAUGAAUGUUUGAAAUAUAAGAUCAUGAAGUCUAUGCAAAUCUCAAAUUAGCAGUUUGGUCAGUGGAUUAUGACGUAGUCGUGGAUAACUCUCCUGUUUGUUGUGAACAAAAAAACCCUGCAUUUCUGUACUUUUGCUAAGUGCCUACUCCCUUUGGGCAUUACUCAAACUACAAUUAUUGAUAGUAUAUUAUCGAUCCUCUAAAGAGAUAGCCCCUCUCGAGUCAUAUAUUUUUGAAAAAUUGCAAUUUCUGUCAUUUUGUGUGUUGAUACAUGUACAAAUGGACAAGUUGUUUACCUCUAUAUUGCAGAGACAUCAACGAUUUGAAGAUCCCCUAUAGCGAUGACCACUUUCAAAAAUUCAUAACUUUCUCAAUUUUGUCCGAUUUCAUUCAAAUUUCACUAGCCGCCUUCUCUUUUUUUCCUGCUUCCCUAUAGAAUAGUUUGCUAUCAAGUUUUUGUACAAGAUGGUACCUCUUUCCCCACGUUCGUAGAGAUAACUUUCCAAGUUAGGAAAUGCAUGCAAAAGUCUUUCAGUUCUUAUUUUCGAGUAGACGAAUAAUCAAGAACAAUAUACCAUUUGAGCAUUGCUCCCUUCUUAAAGAUGAAAUAUUAAGUGCGUUUUUCUCAGGAGUGUCGACGCAUGAUAUGAAAACAUAUAUUAAUAUCAGAUGUCCGUAGUAAGACAAGAUCAUGGUAAUUUGUUAAUAAUAUGCAUUAUGCAAUAGUUCAUGUUUUAGCACAUUUCUCAUAUUCUUUUUUUAAAAUAACCAAACUUGUGGUAAGGCUUUAUGCUACAUGUAUAUGAAUUAACACUUUUUCAUUUUCUUUGUAACUAAGUUUGUAUUUUAAGUAUGCACAAAACAUUUGUAUUAUCAACUGAUGUUUGAUCAUUAUGGGUUUAUUUGGCGGUUUAUAUAAUAUUUUGAAGAUGAGUAUGGCAUAGGAAAAGCCUGUAUCAUACAUAGUGUGAUACCCUGGUGGGCUUGAUUUUCACUGUGUUUUUUGUUUUGUAUUAAUUCUACCUAUAUACAAGCUUGAAGUGUCCCUGUAAAAGUAAUUCUGUCAUUCCGUAAUGCAAACAUGGCAAAAAAUUAGAAAAAUGCUAGAAAAUAGAAUGCUAUAUACUGUUUAUGAUAUACAUGUAUACAUAAAAUGUGUGAUUUGUAAAACUCUGAAAUGAAUGCACACAACAGAUUACAUCUUUAUUUUGAGGUAUACAGUAACAAACAUUUAUUUAAAAAACAAGGGGGGGGGGGCACAAUACCUCACAAUCAUGAGGCAGAGUGCAUCUCCCCCCCCCCCUUUUCUGGUGAAUUUUUGAAUACUUAUUCAGGCAAUACCAUUUCCUAUCAGAGAAGUGAGAUGGUUUUGUAAUGAUUGUUAUCUAUUAUAUUUUGAUGACAAAUUCUAUUGUUACCAUAAUAAAGUUUGAAAAGGUUUGCUCAAUCGUUUCGCUUGUGCUUGUUCGCACUCUCGAUAUUAACCAAGAAUUAAUUGUUUUAUAAAAAGCAUUCGAUAGGGUCAGUCGGUGAUUGGAUACUGUUACGAUAACCGUUAUAAGCUACUGAAUUUGUAGCAUUUGAUUGGCAGAGAACCUAUCUUUUAUAGUAAAUUUAGCAUUUGUUAUUGAUAACAAGUUUGAUGAAAUAGGGCCCUCGUCAUGGUAUGAUACUCAAUAAUAAAUGAUUGUAGGUAAGUCAUUACCAGAUAGCACAUAACUUUUUCGAAUUCAGUAUGUGCGGUGGUGUAGCCCUUUCUCUGUGACUUAAAUGUUAUAGGCCUAUUCUGUUUCAAUAAUUGAUAUUGUAUUUGCUACAUUCAUUAACUUUUAUAAAGUGGUUUGUUUCAUUCAGUGGUUCUAGUGUUAUUGUUCUUUUGUAAUUGCCUAUGGAUAUAAUGUUGGGGCAUGCACCAUACAAGCAUCGCUUCUUUAGCAUGCCCCUCUGUUUCAUUUAGAUCAACAAUAUUCCGUUAUCAUUUUCAUUUUUAUUUCUAUAAUGUAUUUUAUACAAGCUAAUUACAUUGUUUUAUACGAGCUAAUUACAUUGUUUUAUAUAUGUCAACAUUGAAUUUACAUUAUUUUGUACAUGCUUUUAUUGAAACAGAAUUUAAUUAAAUAAAAUGAAAUUGACCGAUAUACAAAAAUAAAAAUCAUAACUAUGUUUCUUAAACUUGUUACUCCAUUCAACACUCCUUGUCGAUGUUGUUACCUGACAGAAUCAAUGGCAAUGCCUAUAUCCUCUCCUUCAUGCAAAUAGGAUUUCGUUCUCAUUAAUUAAUUCUAAUCACCCCAAACUCAAAUGACCACCAUUAUCUUCACUUCUUGCAAGUAACAAACCACCGUCAUGAUAGAAAACGAUCCUACACAACUGGUUGCUAUCCUUUUCCUAUGCCUAUAUCCACUUUUAUGCAGUACUGUGCUUUACUUUGGUUCUUGUUUAUCUAUUGUGUAGUUAAGACUUUGGUUUUUUGGUUGCUCCUGCAGUACUUCAUAUCAAUUAUGAUCAAGUCUUUAAUUUGUAACUGCUGUUGUUUGAAGUGACUGUGUUUAAUACAAUAUGAAUGGUAAACAAGAUAAAGAUUUUAAGAAGUU